CGCUAGCUCAGUCUGAUUUUAUCGGAAAUAGUAGUCCUGUCACAUUUGGACGUUAUUUGCAGCGUGUAUGUAGCCAUUAAGUGUGUAUUAUGAUUUUACUAAUGGAUUAUAUAUAGAUGAAACUGCAUACAAAGUUUUAGAGUGAUUGGUAUCCUGUAAUUUACUAUAUUUAGCCUUUCUUCUCGAAAAGAGGUGUGAUCGAAAAAUCCAAGAUGGCGGUUAAAAUUUGAACUUUCCAGUAUUCUAGAAGAUUUCUCCAAUUAAUUCAACCUAGGAUUCUCCAUCAGCAGCAAAAGACUAUUGCAUCGAAGGACAGAGUGGUGUUUCAAUCCUGAGAAAAUGGCAGUUGACCCCUGGCGAAUCACAAUGGAGGACAGAACCAAGCAUGAUAGCCAGUUCUUCCAGUUAAAACCAAUGCAGGGCUUUAUCACAGGAGAACAAGCUCGAAAUUUCUUUCUCCAGUCCGGUCUUCCACCACCAGUCCUAGGCCAAAUAUGGGGCCUAGCAGACCUAAACGCUGAUGGCAAGAUGGACAAGAAAGAAUUCUCCAUUGCUAUGUCACUCAUCAAGAAGAAACUGCAAGGGUUCCAGCUGCCCAAGACCCUACCAGCCUCAAUGACCAUGGAUCCAGUCACUUCAGUUGGGGGUGGGGGAUUUCCUGCACAGCCAAUGGGCAUGGCUGGUGGUUUCCCAGCAGCCCAACCACAGCAGAGGAUGAUGGGAAUGCCCAAUGGAGGUGCUAUGAUGGGUGCAGGGAUGCCAGGCGUGAUGGGUACUGGAACCUUGCCCGGAGGAUUUGGAUCCCCAACCAAAAUGGCAGCAGGGCAUACCGGGACAUUUCCACUAGAUCAGAGGAGUAGAUCAGGCUCAGGAAGUGGAGAUUGGGCAAUCCCCCAGCAGAUGAAGCUAAAAUACAAUCAGUCAUUUAACCAGUACGAUCGUAUGCGUCGAGGAUUUCUACUAGGUGCUGAGGCACGGGGAAUAUUAAUGCAAACUCAACUACCACAACAAGUUCUUGCCCAAGUUUGGCAAUUAUCAGACAUUGAUAAAGAUGGGAAGUUGACAUCUGAGGAGUUUUGUCUUGCUAUGCAUUUAAUAGACAUGGCGAAAAGUGGUCAGCAGUUACCGUUGAAAUUACCACCCGACCUUAUUCCGCCAUCUUAUAGACGUGGCCGGGCUGGAAGUGGAAUAAACAUGGCUGCCCCUCAAGCUGGUGCUGUGCCGGGAUUAGCAGCAGCUCCACCUGGUGGUGCCCCAGCACAACCAGCAGCUCCAUCAGGUCAGCCAGAUGCAUUCAGUGGACUCUUAGGAGGGGGUUUCGGUGGGGCCAAGUUUGCCUCUAUGGCUCCCCCUGAAUUACCCCCACAACCAGCCACUUUGGAGGAAGAGGCAGCUGUACAAGUGUCAGCCGUAACAUUUGAAGACAAACGUAAAGAGAACUUUGACAAAGGUGCUUAUGAGCUAGAGAGACGUCGUCAAAUAUUAGCUGACCAACAGAGGAAGGAAAAGGAAGCCAGAAUGGCUAAGGAACGAGAAGAACAAGAGAAACGUGAACGCAUACGUCAAGAACAGGAACGUAAAAAACAAGCUGAGUUAGAAAAACAGAUGCAACGCCAGCGACAGAUUGAAGAAGAGAGGGAGGGACAGAGGAGGAAGUUAAUGGAACAGCGGGAGUCUGCAAGACGUGAAAUGGAACGUCAGAGACAGCUUGAAUGGGAAAGACAGCGGAAGGAACAAUUGAUGGCAGAGAAAAAGAAAAUCAUGGAACAAGUUGAACAAUUAAAACUAGAUAAUGGCAAACAAAAAUAUGAAAUCGAAACUUUAGACAAUAAGAAAAAUGACCUUAAGAUGAAAAUAGGGCAAGCACGAAAUGGAGUUAGUGAUGUCACAGCCAAGAUUGAGAUGAUGCGACAAUCACGAGAUAUAAAACUUGCAGAAAUUGAAACAGCGCAGAAAAAACUGUUGGAUAAUCAACAAAAGAUUGCCACAAUGCAGAAAGACAGAGAAAAGUUGAAUGUUCAGGUGGAGACACAGAAUGACACAAUUGGAGAAACACACAGGACAAUACUACACAGUCACUCUAGUAAACAGUCCAGUAUACAGAGGCUAAAACACCAAUUAGAUGACAUUGAGAAGCUCACUGCAACUGAAUUAGCCAAAGUAGAUGAAAACAAUACAGUAUUAUCAGAAAUAAAUAGCAAAGUGAAUGAACUGCAAAGCUCUACCAAAGUGAUGGAGUCGCAACGUCAGCAGAAGAUGGAGGAAUGGAAGUCAUUCAAAGAGAAGAAAGCCCAGAACAAAACCUCAGUUGAUCUGCUAGGUGGAGACCUAGGGACAACAACCAUAAGUGCAACAACAACAGAUAACACACAGAGCAGUCAACCUGUUACCAGUGAUACAAAUAAAAAGAAGGAACCGGAUUGGUCAAAUUUAUUUGGUGAUUUUGCCAACCCUAGCGCUGGUUCAACGUCCUCAGCAAAAACUAACGACCAAUGGUCGAGUCUAUUUAAUAGUAGUGCCAAUUCAACGUCAUCAACAACCAUCCCCUCGGUUACAACAACAGUGACACCAGCCACGGAAAAUAGCGCUAGUAAUGACUUAUGGGGACUUAGUUCAACAUCAAAUAUUAGUUCAACGAGUGCAUCAUCGGAUAGUAAAUCUCAGGAUAUGUGGGGGUCUACGACUUUUGGAUCAGCUGGCUUUGGGAGCUCUCAGGCUACUUCUACACCCACAUCUUCUAGUCAAGCUAAAGCCACCACUGAGCCAAGUCAGGCAGGUCUAGUGAAAUAUAAAGCUGUAUAUCAGUUUGAUGCGAGAAAUCCAGAUGAACUUUCCCUCAUUGUUGGUGACAUAGUUUGGGUUGCAGAAGAUCAGGCUGGAGCAGAACCAGGUUGGAUGGGAGGAGAGAAAGAUGGCGCCAAAGGAUGGUUUCCCAAAGAUUAUGCUGAAAAAGUGCAAGAGGACUCUGUCGCUUCUAACGACUUAUUUGCCAGUGAUAGUUUUACAAAGACAGACAGUUUUGCAAAAUCUGAUAGUUUUGCUAAGUCAGACAGUUUUGCCAAAUCAGACAGUUUUGCUAAGUCUGAUAGUUUUGGAAAACAGGAUUCAUUUGGAUCAUCUUCAAAUACAGCAGGCUCUUUUGGAAGUGAAUUUUCUAAGUCUGUGUUUGAUUCAGCAGCUCCAACAGCAACAUCGCAACCCACAGAAGGUGAUUCGAAUGCUGGGCUAUUAACUGCAUCUGAUAGUGUCUUCACGGCUGUCACCACUGUGGGGCCUUCCCCAACACCUGGUCAGGGUCAGAGUGCUCCAGAGGGUCUGAAGGCGCAGGCGUUGUACCCCUGGAUGGCUAAGAAAGAUAACCACCUGACCUUUAACAAGGGGGAUGUGAUAACAGUCAUUGAGCAGCAGGAUAUGUGGUGGUCUGGGGAGUUGGAGGGGAAGGUUGGCUGGUUCCCAAAAUCCUACGUGAAAUUAAUAGGUGGAGGUGGCAAUUCAAGGAAUAGUCAGGAAGUAGAUGGCGCUACAACACUUGCACCAUCAAAUGUCCCAGAUGACACUGUGGCUCCCUCUAGUGUUGAAGAUAAAGUUGAACACUAUAUAGCAGUAUAUGCCUAUUCUUCAAGCGAACCAGGGGACUUGAACUUCAAUCAAGGUGACAAAAUCGCAGUAUCUAAGAAGGAAGAUGAUUGGUGGACAGGUUCCAUCGGAGAUCAGACUGGAAUCUUCCCGGCCAAUUACGUCAAAGCAUUAGAAGUUCCAUCCCAGGAGGGGCUAGCUUUCCCAACAGAAUCAACAACAGGGGAAAAUCUUGAGGUUGCUACGGCAACCAAGCAACAAGAGACCUUAGCAACAGACCUAGCAACCAGUCUUGCUGACACUUUAUCACUGCCAACUUCAGAUCAAAAAAGUGGUGGGACUUUACCUAAAAAAGAGAUAGCAACUGUGAUAGCACCUUACACUGCCACAGGGGCAGAGCAGCUAUCCUUAAGUCCUGGACAACUUAUACACGUGCGCAAGAAAAGCCCAAGUGGCUGGUGGGAGGGUGAACUUACGGCACGUGGUCAGAAAAAACAAAUUGGUUGGUUUCCGGCAAACUAUGUGAAAAUUCUGCAGUCCAGCGCUCGUAAUACACCUGUUGAUCCCCACAAGUCUACUGCAUCCCCAUUUCAGCAAUCCUCAAGCACGCCGGAACCAACCAAUAAUGGCGUAGCAACUCCACAGCCAACAACAAAUACUACUUCAUCAGAAUCUGUCAUGUCACUCUACGAUUACGCUGCACAAAAUGACGACGAGUUAACAUUCCAAAAAGAUAGGAACACCGUCACCCGCAACUGUUUCUUGAUAGUCAGCAGUCCAGCGAGGACGCCGCCUAGAUAG